AUGAACCGCCAAGUGAGGUUGUUUGUGUGUUUAGCUGCGCUGUGCGUUUGCGCCCUCGCCCGACCCGAAGACAAUAAAGUUAAUCCAGUCGGAAAACUUGAACUAAACAAGCCGAUAAAGUUCUCUGGCCGUCACGACAAUGAGGUGUACGAGAAACCCAGCGAUCCUGUAGCUACAAAAGCCGAGGAAGAAACGAAACCUGUCAAUGAGAGGUACCCACACGCGGUACUCUUUGGUGGUACCUGCGGUGGUACAAUCAUCAGCCCCACCUGGAUACUCACUGCUGCGCACUGUACACUAUUCACUGGCGGCAGAUAUGUGCUCGCUGGCACUAACAACUCUGAAGAUGGAACCGGUAUAACACGCCACGUCAAGCGCCUCGUUGUACAUCCCCGAUUUUCUGUGGGACCAUACUGGCUUGAUGCAAAACGCUUCAAUAUUGACCAGGUAGCAGCAAGAUUUGACUUUCUUCUGGCUGAAUUAGAUGAACCCUUACCACUAGAUGGCAAGACCAUGGUAGCCGCAAAACUAAACGACGUGUCAAGACUUAUCCCUCAAACAAAUGUGGGUUACGCGGGCUACGGUGCCGAACACCAUGGGGAAACCAUGCGUCACGAGAUGCACGGUAUGGAACUUUCUAUACUAUCUGAAGAAGAAUGUGCGGCACUAGAAGAAUUCGACUCUCAAGAUAUGAUUUGCGCAAAAGGACGCCCGCCCAGGUUCGAUUCUGCCUGCAAUGGUGACAGCGGCAGCGGCCUAGUCGACACAAACGGAGUAUUAGUUGGCAUAGCGUCGUGGGUUGAAAACGACGCGAUAGAAUGUCGCAACGGUAACAUCGUCUACUUCUCGAAGGUGUCCACUGCGCGGGAAUGGAUUCGAAAAGUUACUAUGGUCUGA